UCUACAUCUUUCUGGCAGACGCUUUCGGCGCCGUAGCCUGGCAGCUCACAUUCAGUCGCAUACAAGCUUGUGCAGUGCGGGUUUGCCUGUGCGUGCUAGGUGCGGGUGUCGGGGGGCCAAAUGGACGGCGACAGCGCGCGGAGGGGCGCGGCAGCGGCGCCGGCGGGUCCGGACGCCGCAGCUGAGGGCGCCGACACCGUCACGAACAAUGGCGCGCCUGCCGCGGCGCCUCGGAACGGCGCUGCUGCCCCAGCCGUGGACGGCAGCAGCACAGAGGAGAAGAAAAAGCUCAAGCCGGGCGCCGCGUCGCCGGCGGGUCUGGACGGCGAUGGUGGCGGCGGCGGAGGCGGCGGUGGUGGCGGAGCUGGUGGACUGGAUGAGGAGGAUGAGGAGGCGGUGGCGCGGGCCCGGGACUUCAAGCCGUCGGCGGGUCUGACGGAGCAGGAGGCUGAGGCGCUGCUGAAGCAGUGGGGGCGCAACGAGCUGGAGGAGAAGGCCACGCCCUCCUGGCUUAUCUACCUGCGCCAGCUGUACCAGCCCAUGCCCAUCAUGAUCUGGAUCGCGGCCAUCAUCGAGGCCGCCAUUGAGAACUGGGCUGACAUGGGCAUCCUGCUGGGCAUCCAGUUCACCAACGCCACCCUGGGCUGGUACGAGACCACCAAGGCCGGCAACGCAGUGGCGGCGCUCAAGGCCUCGCUGAAGCCGCAGGCCACUGCCAAGCGCGACGGCCGCUGGCGCACGCUGGACGCGGCGCUGCUGGUGCCGGGCGACCUGGUGCUACUGGGGUCGGGCGCGUCGGUCCCGGCAGACUGCCGGAUCAACCACGGCCAGAUCGAUGUGGACCAGUCCGCCCUCACCGGGGAGUCGCUUCCCGUGACCAUGAACCGAGCCGACAGCGCCAAGAUGGGCUCCACUGUGGUGCGCGGCGAGACCGAGGCCACCGUCGAGUUCACCGGCAAGCACACCUUCUUCGGCAAGACCGCCAACCUGCUGCAGCAGGGCGGCGGCGAGCUGGGCCACCUGCAGCGCAUCCUGCUCACCAUUAUGGCGGUGCUGCUCAUCACCUCCUUUGCGCUGUGCCUCACCGCAUUCGGCUACCUACUGGGCAAACACACCAGCUUCAAGGAGGCCCUGGAGUUCACGGUGGUGCUUCUGGUGGCCUCCAUCCCCAUCGCCAUUGAGAUCGUGUGCACCACCACCCUGGCGUUGGGCUCCCGCGAGCUCAGCCGCCACGGCGCCAUCGUGACCCGCCUGGCCGCUAUUGAGGACAUGGCUGGCAUGAACAUGCUGUGCUCCGACAAGACCGGCACGCUGACGCUCAACAAGAUGGCCAUCCAGGACGACACCCCCACCUACCUUCCCGGCCUGGACCAACGCAAGCUGCUGCACCUGGGCGCGCUGGCCGCCAAGUGGCACGAGCCGCCCCGCGACGCCCUGGACACGUUGGUGCUGACCUGCGAGACCCAGGACCUGGCGGCUCUGCAGGACUACACGCAGCUGGACUACAUGCCCUUUGACGCGCGCACCAAGCGCACCGAGAGCACCAUCCGGGACCCCGAGGGCCGCGUGUACAAGGUGACCAAGGGCGCGCCGCACAUCCUGCUGGCGCUGCUGGGGCCGGAGGAGGCGGGCGUGCGGGCCGCUGUGGAGGCGCACGUGCGGGCGCUGGGGCAGCGGGGCAUCCGGGCGCUGGCAGUGGCGCGCACCGACAGCCCGGAGGGCCCCUGGCACAUGGCUGGCCUGCUCACCUUCCUGGACCCGCCCCGCCCCGACACCAAGCGGACCAUCGAGCGAGCCCUGGAGUACGGCGUGGACGUCAAAAUGAUCACCGGUGACCACCUCCUCAUCGCCAAGGAGACGGCUCGUGUGUUGGGCCUGGGCACCAACAUCGAGGACCCCACCCACCUGCCCAACGUGGACGCCGACGGCAAGCCGCCCAAGGACCUCGGGCAGCGCUUCGGCCGCAUCAUCAUGGAGGCCGACGGAUUCGCGCAGGUCUUCCCCGAGCACAAGUACCUGAUUGUCGAGGCGCUGCGCCAGAACGGCUUCGCUGUGGGCAUGACCGGCGACGGCGUGAACGACGCCCCCGCCCUGAAGCGCGCGGACGUGGGUGUGGCGGUGCAGGGUGCCACGGACGCCGCCCGCGCCGCCGCCGACAUCGUGCUGACGCAGCCGGGGCUGAGCACCAUCAUCGAGGCCAUCAUCGUUGCCAGGUCCAUUUUCCAACGCAUGCAGAACUUCAUCAACUACCGUAUCGCCGCCACGCUACAGCUGCUCACCUUCUUCUUCAUUGCCGUGCUGUGCUUCCCGCCCUCCAAGUACGCGCCGGCAGGCCAGGAGUGGCCGUCCUACUUCCGCAUGCCGGUUCUGAUGCUGAUGCUCAUCACGCUGUUGAACGACGGCACGCUCAUCUCCAUCGGCUACGACCGCGUGCAGCCCAGCCACAUGCCGGAGAAGUGGAACCUGAGGGCGCUGUUCACCAUCUCAGUGGUACUGGGGCUGGUGGCGUGCGGCUCCUCGCUGCUGCUGCUGUGGGCGGCGCUGGACUCAUGGAAUCCCAACGGCAUCUUCCACAAGUGGGGCAUAGGCAGCAUGCCCUUCGGCAAGAUCACCACCAUGAUCUACAUGAAGGUCUCCGUCUCCGACUUCCUGACGCUCUUCUCCGCCCGCACCCACGACGGCUUCUUCUGGACUGUGGCCCCCAGCCCCGUCCUGCUGGCGGCGGCCGGCGUGGCGCUGUCGCUGUCCACGACGCUGGCGUGCGCCUGGCCGCGGGGGACGCUGGACAAACAGGAGGUGGAGGGGCUGGCGUACGGAAGCUACACGCUGAUGCCGCUGUGGAUCUGGAUCUACUGCGUGUUCUGGUGGUUCGUACAGGACCUUCUCAAAGUGCUGGCGUACAAGUUCAUGCGCCGAUACAACAUAUUCGACAUCAACACACACCAGCUGGUCAACAUGCGCGAGGCCGCCUCCCCCACGGAGCCCGCCUGCCCGCUGGCCGCUGCCUCCGUGGGCCUGACCGAGACAAAGCUGCUCAGCCACCGCAUCGCCAACGCCGCCGAGGCGCUGGAGCGACUCAGCGCGGUGCCGCCCGGCCAGCUGGCGCGUGUGUCAGCGGGGCUGCAGCUGGCGCGCAGCAGCGCCCGCGCCGUUCGCGAGACCAUCUCCCGCCGCAGCGCCGCCACCGCCGCCCUGUACCGCAGCAGCGGCACAGCCGGCAGCGCCGCCGGCAGCGCGCGUGCCUCGCCGGCUGGCAGCCGCCGCGGCUCAGGCGUGACCGGGUCCACCGGCCGCGGCAGUGGCGGCAGCGGUGGUGGAGUGGGAGGUGGUGGUGGUGGUGGUGGUGGUGGUGGUGGUGGUGGUGGUGGGGGAGUGGGUGGUGGUACGGCGGCGGCGCUGAUGCCGAGUGGGGAGGAGGCGAUGGAGGCGGGGGUGCCGCCGGGGGCGUAUGUGCUGGAGACGGUGGAGGCGCUGCGGGCGGCGGCGUCCGAGAUGACUCCGGAGAACCGGGCCGAGAUCGAGCCGCACCUGGCGCCGGUGCUGGACGCGGCCGGGCAUCUGGACCAGCUGGCACAGGCCUUUGAGCGGCCGCCACGGGGGCCGCUGGGCGCCGGCCAGCACCAGUCGGGGCAGCAGGGCCAGCAGGGCCCGGGGCAGGCGGGCAGGCACUAGCCGUCCACGCAGAUGCAGCGGCGGUCGCCACAGGCGGGCGAGCAGCACCAGCAGGCGUGACAGGUGACGGGGGCCAGGGGCGGGCCGGGCCCCCGGGCCCUGGCCUCAUGAGCCGCGGGUCGCGCCGGAUGGGCGGCAGCCACGUGGGGCAGCAGCAACGGCUGAUCGAGGCGGGGCCGCAUCAAGGACCGCAGGGAGGGGGGGUCGCGGCGAGUGUUUGGGUUGGCAGGGGGCGUAACGGCGGAAGGCGUGCACGGCUGAGCGGUGGUAGUGGACGUGCGGAAGGGCCGAAGGGUGAGCUGGAUGCGUAGGCGUUAUGGCGGACGCACGGCGCAGGCGCAGCAGCACGCGCCGGGUGCGGGCACGCGGCGGGAUGUUGAAUGCGGCAUAGGCGGUGUUGAGGACUGCGUUGCGAACUGGGCCGCAUUACAGCGCAACAGGCGGCAAAGGCACAUAGGUGUGAUAGGUCGGCAGCGCGCGGCGAGGGGCAAAUGGGCGAUGGUGGGACUUGGGAUUGGGGUAGCGUCGUACCGGUGGGCGGUUUGCGGGUGUCCGAUGGGACCCAGGCGGUGACACGCCUGAGGAUGCGCACACGCGACAAGGUUGCAAGAGCUGGGGGAGACGGCGUGGGGAGAUGGGCUCGUGUUGGAUUGAGGGUGCAAGUGCACAGGGCAGCAAGUAGCUCGUGAUGGAACAUGGCAAGGGGCAGGAAAGCGUAGUCCCGAUGUGUGUGGCUCCCACCCGUGCCCACAUAAAUGCGUAGCAAGAAGGGACAAGGCAUUGGUGCGUCGUUCGCGCGCUGUUACUGUACCGACGGUAGCUGGCAGGUUGUGUCGAUGUUUUGCUGACGCGCAUUCCUCACGCUCCGGGCGCCCGGCCAAGGCGAUAGCACCACACAGACUCAAUGCGACGCCACACCGCGCGGAUAGCAUAGCCGAUGCGCACCUGCAGGCAGUCGACCGGCGUCCACGGAUGAGCUGUGUAGACGAGCACUAGCGUAAUGCAACGGCGUGCAGCAAAACAAUGGCCGGGCGACAGUGUGACAAACAGGGGCUAGAACAAGGCGAAGCAAAGCAGAAGAGGGGCCCGAAUGUGUACGACAAUUGUGGCGGGCAGGCCGAAUGCGGUGCAACACGCCAACAACACAACCGGGGGUGAGGAAGCGUCGAAGCAAGUAGCUGAUGUAGCUGUGGCGGGAAACGGGCUCAUGCUGGAUCGCGGGGGUGAGCUGCGUGCCGUGUGCGGGUACACGUAGGCUGUAGCCGCCGACUCGUUCUGUCACGUGUGUGCAGGGCGCACCACUGAGAGAUGUGCUCCGGGUUGGCCACACUGGGCUGCUUGCUCAAGACUCAAAACCUCGUCAUGCUUCGUACUGGCUUUGCUGCUGCCGGCAACAGCCCAUAACCUGCUUGCAUAUUCCUUCUGAUGUAAGUGGUUGUUCGU